GACCCCCAGAUCCUUUGUUGCCUCAUCAGGGGUGGGGGUCCCCUGGGGGGUGGCCAGCUGCACUGUGCCUCCCCCCCACCCCACCAGCAGUCCCUUCCAGCAACUCAGCCACCAGCACUUCAUCAGGGUCAGAAAGAUCCAUCCCUGAGAGGGAGAGAAGGGAAGACACCCUACCCCACCCCCCUGGAACUCACAUCCCUGUGUGGAGGAUCACACGAACAAACCAACAGAAUCUCUCCCCGAGCCUGGAGCCCAGCAUGUCAGCAAGCCUGGCUGACUAACAAGCGCCCCCAAGAUCCGCCUGUCUCUGCAACCACGGUGCUGGGAUUGCAGAAAAUUUCAUCAAAGUGUCGUUUUCUUGAUUAGUGAGUGUUUGGUUCUUAGAAGAAGAGCCUGACACCCGCCCCCGGACCUGGUCCCGGUGGCAGAGAGGACCAUGAGGGUGACAACUGAUAAUGAUGAGAACAGCCGGGCACUGUGACCAAGUCCCUCACCGUGACCAAGUUCCUCUGAGUGUCCUGCGCACCCAGGCUCGCCAGCUCCCUCCAGCUACUGCCCAUCAGGUCCGCUGUCAGCCUCAAGCUGAGCCCCAACCCCAGCUAUGAGCUCCUGGAGGCGUGACUCCCUCAGGGCCAGCAGCUCGGAGCCCCUCCCAGUGAUCAUCAUCGGCAAUGGCCCCUCGGGUAUCUGUCUGUCCUACCUGCUCUCUGGCCACAUCCCCUACGUGAAGCCAGGUGCCAUCCACCCACAUCCUCUGCUGCAGAGAAAGCUGGCUGAGGCUCCGGGGGUCUCCAUCCUGGACCAGGACCUGGAGUAUCUUUCGGAAGGCCUUGAAGGCCGAAGCCAGAGCCCUGUGGCCCUGCUCUUUGAUGCCCUCCUGCGUCCCGACACAGACUUUGGAGGCAGCAUGGACUCUGUGCUCUCCUGGAAGCGGCAGAAGGAACGCGCUGUUCCCCACCUUGUCCUGGGGCGGAACCUUCCUGGGGGCGCCUGGCAUUCCAUUGAAGGUUCCAUGGUGACCUUGAGCCAAGGCCAGUGGAUGAGCCUCCCAGACCUACAGGUUAAGGACUGGAUGCGGAAGAAAUGCAGAGGUCUCCGUAACAGCAGAGCCACAGCCGGCGACAUCGCCCACUACUACAGGGACUAUGUGAUCAAGAAGGGUCUGAGCCACAACUUUGUAUCUGGUGCCGUAGUCACUGCUGUGGACCAGGCAGAGGCUGAGCACGGGGGUCCUGAGGCCCAAGCACCCAGCCCCCUCUUCCAAGUGAAAGGCUAUUUGACUGCCAAGGACCACAGCCACCAGCCCUUCUCACUGUGGGCCCGGAACGUGGUCCUGGCCACGGGCACCUUUGACAGCCCAGCCCGGCUAGGCAUCCCCGGAGAGACCCUGCCCUUUGUCCACCACGAGCUGGCAGCCCUGGAGGCAGCCCUGCGGGCAGGCACCGUGAACCCAAACUCAGACCCGGUGCUGAUCGUGGGCGCUGGGCUGUCUGCGGCCGACGCUGUCCUCUUUGCUCGCCACUACAACAUCCAGGUGAUCCAUGCCUUCCGCCGGUCUGUCCAUGACCCUGGCCUGGUGUUCAACCAGCUGCCCAAGAUGCUAUACCCUGAAUACCACAAGGUGCACCAGAUGAUGCGUGAUCAAUCCAUCUUGUCACCCAGCCCCUAUGAGGGCUACCGCAGCCUCCCUGAGCACCGGCCUCUGCUCUUCAAGGAGGACCACCAGGCAGUGUUCCAGGACCCACAAGGGGGCCAGAAGCUCUUUGGAGUCUCCCUAGUGCUGGUCCUCAUUGGCUCCCACCCCAACCUCUCCUACCUCCCCAGGGCAGGUGCUGACUUGGUCAUAGACCCUGAUCAGCCACUGAACCCCAAGAGGAAUCCCAUUGAUGUGGAUCCCUUCACCCAUGAGAGCACUCACCAGGAGGGCCUAUAUGCCCUGGGGCCACUGGCUGGGGACAACUUCGUGAGGUUUGUCCAAGGUGGGGCCUUGGCUGCUGCCAGCUCCCUGCUGAGGAAGGAGACCAGGAAACCACCCUAACAUCAGCCAGAUGCCCUGACACCAGGCCCUGAAGAGAAGGGGCUUCACCACAGCCCGGCGGGACAUGAGCCCAUCUAAAGAUUUCCCAUGUGGGGACCAGUCUCCCCAGCAGGAGAUGAAGACUAGAGCCCUGUGGAUGGGCUGUCUGGCCCAGAGGCAUGGGGGAACACAGGCUACCCCAUCCUCAGGCUAGUCAAGGCCCACGGUGAGAGCAGCAGCCAUAGGCCAGAGAAGCCUGGGCCUGGGCCCCCUUGAAGCUAUCAGUGUGUGCUGGAAUCACGGGGCCAGCUGAGUGCCCAACUAGGAGGACUCCAGGCCUAACCUUUCAGAACCAGGUCCAUAAUAAAACCAACAGUGCCUCCACUG